UGAAGCAUUCGCCCAACUGAAACUUCAACUGUAAAUUGUUUAGCUGAAUCAAUCAGCUCCCAUUUUCCCUCUUCGAUCCGUCUCCCAUUCUUGCCAAUGGUACGAACACUCAUUCUACUCCCUGCAAUUCUCAUCCAUUGCUUGCACCUCACGCAUCUCUGCCUCUCCACCGAUCCCAUUUCCUCCAAUCGUCUCCUUACCCCUUCGCAUCGCGCCAUGGUCUUGCCUCUCUACCUCUCUUCGCCUAAUUCCUCCAGAUUUCUCUCGAACCCUCGCCGUCAUCUCCGCGAUUUCACCAAUUCCAACAAUCGCUCCAAUGCUCGAAUGCGCCUCUACGAUGAACUACUUCUAAAUGGGUAUUAUACGACCAAGCUUUGGAUCGGAACUCCACCGCAGCAAUUCGCGCUUAUUGUUGAUACGGGGAGUACGGUUACUUAUGUUCCUUGCUCCACUUGCGUAGAGUGUGGGAAGCACCAGGACCCGAAAUUUGAUCCAGAAUCGUCGAGCACUUACCAAGCUGUCAAAUGCAACAAUGAUUGCAAUUGUGACAAUGAUGGAUUGCAGUGUAUCUAUGAAAGGAAGUAUGCUGAAAUGAGUACUAGCAGUGGUGUCCUUGGUGAGGAUGUUAUAUCCUUUGGCAAUCAGAGUGAACUCAUACCACAGCGUGCUGUGUUUGGGUGUGAGAAUGAGGAAACGGGGGAUCUUUACAGUCAACGUGCUGAUGGAAUUAUGGGCUUGGGCCGUGGUGAUCUUAGUAUUGUCGACCAGCUUGUUGACAAAGGUGUGAUUAAUGAUUCUUUCUCACUAUGCUAUGGUGGUAUGGAUAUUGGUGGUGGUGCUAUGGUUCUUGGGGGAAUCUCUCCUCCAUCAGAUAUGAUUUUUAGCUACUCAGAUCCUGUGAGAAGUCCAUAUUACAAUGUUGAUUUGAAGGGGAUACAUGUUGCGGGUAAAAAGUUGGUUCUGAGUCCUAGUGUCUUUGAUGGAAGAUAUGGAACUGUCUUGGAUAGUGGUACAACUUAUGCUUACCUACCAGAGGAAGCGUUUGGAGCUUUCAAGGAUGCUAUCAUGGACGAGCUUCAUUCUUUGAAGAAGAUUGAUGGUCCUGACCCAAAUUUCAAAGAUACAUGUUUUUCUGGUGCUGGAAGUGAUGCUGCUGAUUUAUCAGACAUAUUUCCCACAGUUGACAUGAUAUUUGAUCAUGAGCAAAAGUUGUCUCUAGCACCGGAAAAUUACUUGUUUCCGCACUCAAAGAUACAUGGUGCAUAUUGUCUGGGAAUUUUUGGGAAUGCAAAUGAUCAAACUACUCUUCUAGGAGGCAUCGUUGUCCGCAACACUUUAGUGAUGUAUGACAGAAAGCAUUCAAAAGUUGGAUUUUGGAAAACAAACUGUUCUGAGUUAUGGGAAAGGCUACACAUUUCAGAUGAUAAUGCCCAUGCUCCAGCUACAUCGCUCGAUACUGAUAUUGCCCCUGCAUCUGCUCCAAGCGAGUCUCCACGUUAUAUGAUUCCAGAUAUUUUUAUUUUUCUCCAGAUUGGACGUAUCACAUUUGAGAUCUUGUUGAAUAUAAGCUACCCAGAUCUGGAGCCUCAUCUUACGGAGCUUUCGGAUCAUAUUGCUCACGAGUUAAAUGUUAGCCAGUCACAGGUCCAUUUAUUGAACAUUACCGUGGGAGGAAAUGUUUCAGCUAUUAGGCUGGCCAUACUCCCUAAUGGAUCUUCGGAAUUUUUCUCAAAUGCGACUGCCACGACGAUUAUUACUCUCAUCAAGGAGCAUCACAUGGAGCUACCUCCUACAUUUGGAAGUUACCAGGUAGUUCAAUGGAAUGUCGAACCUCUAACGAAAAGGUCAGUGUGGAAGCGAGUUUAUGUUGUGGUGGUUUUAGCUGUUAUAGUGACCCUUAUCCUUGGGUUGUCAGCAUUGGGAGUGUGUCUUAUUUGGAGAAGCAGACAGCCAGGGUUCAAUGCAUAUAAGCCUGUCAAUGCAGCAAUUCCAGAGCACGAACUCCAGCCCUUGUAAACAACCCUUCCCAACACAUUUUUGGUUUCUUCUCACUCUUUGCAUCUUUUUCGUUUUAUAGCUUCAAAUGUUCAGAAUUAUUAUUUUUUAGCCUUUGUAUUCAUUUUAUUCUCAAAGGCUCUAACAUUAAACAAACCA